AUGGAGUGUGGACUAUCAUGGUAUUUUGAGGUUGAUAAAACGAGAGGAGGUAGAAUGUUCUACCUGCAGGAUGAUUGUAAACAUGAAGAGCUGGUUGAAAUGGUUGUGAACGACUACAUGUUGCAAGUUAAUGGCGAGCUGCUGGAGUUGUCAUAUCCAUUACCAGCUGCUAUGAUGGAGAAAUUGCCAACGGAUUCACCUCCUAUGUAUGUGACGAACGACAGACAAGUUGGGAGCUUGGUGGAGUUAUGUAAGGAGCAUGUGGUCCGUCUUUGCGUCUCGACCCGCGUUGGUAUGGGAAGGAACUACAACGAACCAAUACAUGAGUGUGUCCAAGAAGAAAAGUCUGAAGAGGUGGAUAAAGAAGACGUGGAAGAAGAAUUCGGUGAUGAAGGCUGGGAUGAUAACGAGUCUGAUGAUGUAAACUGGAAUGACAAAGCAUGGGAUGUAAAUUCAGAAGAUGAAUCUGAUGAUACUCAUGACAAUGAUAGUGCUGAUGAUGUCGACAACCCCGACGAUAUCGAUGCAGAUUAUAGUAAGUAUGGCAAGGUGAAAGAUGAGGAAGAGGGUGAAGAGAGUUUGUCUUUCCGUGAAAGGCUCCGUAGAGGUGUUUGGAAUGGUGGAAAUGGAGGGUUCACAGGCACUUGGUCUGACACUAUUCUGGUAAAUCACAGCUAUGCCUCUAAAGAAGCCCUUCUUUCUGAGUUGCGACUGACGGCUGUGAUGGCAAGAUUCGCAUUUAAAGUCUACAAGUCCACUACGGAUUUGUUUGUGGCAAAAUGUGUUGUCAAUGGAUGUGCAUGGAAGUUGAGAGCAGCUGUGAAGAAUGAACCGGAUUGCUUCUGGGUUACCAAGUACGUAAAGGGUCACACUUGUUCAAUUAUGGACCGUGUAGCUCACCGUAGACGAGCUACUCCAAGAUAUAUUGGACAAUUGUUUGUGGAGCGGACUGGACUCAUAGAUGGAAUUGUCCCUCGACAAAUUGCAGAUUCGAUGAGGAUCAUGUUUGGUCUGAAUCUUACCUAUACAACGUCAUACCGGGCUCUCAAAUUCGCUCAAGUAUUUGUCAGGGGAACUCCAGAAGAUGGAUAUGCUAACCUUCCUUCCUACCUUAGAAGACUGAAGCAAGCAAACCCUGGCACUAUAACACACUGCUCUGUGAUGAAGAAGAUCGCUUCAAGUACUGUUUUGUGGCGUUAG